AUGCAGGUGUUGGGUCAAUGGCCUCUCGGAUUUUCCGCAUGUCUGGCUUGGACAGGUCUUGACGUCAUCCUAUCUACGUCAUCGAUCAUGCACCUCUGCGCCAUCGCUAUUUAUAGAUACCGGGGCAUCGCCCACCCCCUCCACACCAGGAGUUCUUCCCGGAAGUUCAGUCUGGUGGCGGCCCUGGUGGUGCCAGCGUGGGUCGUAUCUGUGGCGUUGUCCAUACCCUUCAUAGUGCAAGCCACUCUGCACGAAUCCUACGUUCUUAAAAGCAUUGAGAAGACGCACUGCGGGAUCUUCAACCACACAUUUGCAGUGUACUCAUCGCUCGUGUCCUUCUUCAUUCCACUGACGAUCAUGGUGUUCGCUGACAUUGGCUCCAUAAAAAUUCUCAGAGAGAACGUGCUAGCGCGACACGAUUUGAAGAAAACAAAAUCGCUCAAAAUUCUGGGAGAUAAUUUAAAAGUGAAACAACAAAAUUUUCGCGAAAAAUUUUUUCCUAAGAAACCUUUGCCGAUGAAUUCGAAGAUUAAAAACAAUUCCUUCGAAGUUGCCUCCAUCGGCACGCUCAUCAGGUCUGCUCACGUCAGCGGUCGCGAGAAGAGGGCAGAAAAAACUCUUAUCUGGGUAUUCUUGGCAUUUGUAGCUCUCUGGCUACCAUUCUUCUGUGCCAAUCUAUCUUACGGUAUUUGUGGCUUGAGUAAUUCGGCCGCAGAUUCAAGUCCGAUAUACUGCAACGUACCUCCGGAAAUCAUUACAAUCUUCACCUGGCUUGGCUACCUCUCCAGUGGAGUCAACCCCUGCAUCUACACACUUCUCAAUAAGGAUUUCAGGAAUGCAUUCAAAAAUAUUCUGCUCUGCAAGUCAGGUCGUCCCAGUAAAACGCACAACCGCCAAAAAAAUUAUCUGCCAGGAGAUGCGAGAAAUUUGCGAAGGACCAACGAUUCCAACGCCAACAAACCGAGCAACCUUUCAAAAGAGUACAACAGCGCUGAUAAAUAGGACCCAACAAACAACCUCAACACAUGAGAACUGAACAUUCAUAACAUCUACUACCACAACCAACAGCAGCCGCAACAAUAGC